AUGAAUCUCUUUGGUAGCUGUUUACCGUAUUUCGGAAACUGUCUUGAAUGUAUGCAAGGACCGUCUUUCUCUGCUACCGCAUCUUACUCUCAAAUGGCGAACCCUUUAUCACCAUCAAUUCGGCUUGAUGUAGCAAAGAGCGGAAAGGACGUCGUUAUUUUGAAAGAAGGCGAACGAAUAUGUGGAACAGGCGCUGCUUUGGGUACUUUACCCAUUGUGCAAAACAAAGCAUAUUUCCAAGUUGACGUGCAACAGAAUGGAACAUGGGGUGUUGGACUUGGUAACUCUCACACUCCACUAGACGCUGUCCCUGUUGCAAGUGAUUUCUGGGGUGUUCGUGAUAACGGCGAUAUUGUUGCGAACGCGACAGUUCUCGGAAAGCUUAACAAACCAAUCUCUGAAGGAGAUACUAUUGGUGUAUGCUAUGACCACGUCGAACUCAAGUUUUUGGUGAAUGGCGAAUGGGCGGAGCCAAGUAUAACAGGAGUUAGGGGACCGGCCUACCCAAUUAUCUACGUGGACGAGUCUGCCAUUAUAGAUGUUAAAUUUCGGAAGUUUACCGAAGAUGUUCCCAGCGGAUACGAUGAAAUACUUGCUGAGCAGACAUUGCUUUGA